AUGGGGACCUACAAGAUUAGAAUUGCAACCGGGACUGACCUGAGUGCUGGGACAUCUGCAAGAGUCUUCAUUGUUCUUGUGGGAGUCAAGGGAGAAAGUGCUAACAAUGAACUGCCGCAUAACUGGAGCAAUUUCAGAUCUGGAGCAGUCACUGACUUUGAUGUUAUCACAGAGAAAGAUCUUGGAGACCUCCUGCUGGUCCGGUUGUCUACAGAGCAUUAUAAGAACUUUAACAUGGAUGCUUGGUACUGCCGCUAUGUUGAUGUGACCAGUCCCAGUGGUCAACUCUUCCAGUUCCCUUUCUAUAAGUGGAUAUCUACUCCAACAACUGUGAAGAUUCCAGAUGGGAAGGGCAUCAUAUUAUCCGGGAAUACUCACCCUCUUCUCGUGCAACAACGAAAAGAGGAACUGGAGAAGGAGAGACAAACCCACAAGUGGAAAUGUUAUGCAGAAGGUGUCCCUCAUUGCAUUGAUGUAGACAAGAUUCAGCAUCUGCCGAUUAAUGACCGUUACUCCUUCUUAAAACUGAGCAGCUUUGGCUAUGCCCUGAUAUCCACAGUAAUGGACAUGAAGGUGAAUGGCUUCUUACAAUGUCCAGAAUCAUGGACUGAUCUCGAUGAUAUCAAACUGCUCUUCUACCUAAGAAGGUCUGCUAACUCGGAUGUGGUGGCUGAGAUUUGGAAGGAGGAUUACUUCUUCGGUAGUCAAUAUCUUAAUGGUGUUAACCCUAGCCUAAUCAGGAAAUGUUCCAAAAUCCCAGAAAACUUUCCAGUUAGUGACAAUAUGGUGGCUGCAUCUCUGGGGACCACCACCAGUCUUCAGAAAGAACUAGAGAAUGGCAAUGUUUUCCUGGCAGAUUACAAGAUUCUGGAGGGGGUGCCUGCUAAUAAAUCCAUAAAUAGGAAACAGCAAUACAUGGCUGUCCCUAUGGUGCUACUGUGGAAAACUCCUCAAGAUCAACUUGUCCCAAUAGCCAUUCAGUUGUCUCAAACCCCAGGAGAGAACACUCCAAUCUUCCUGCCUAGUGACUCAGAAUCUGACUGGCUGCUGGCCAAGAUCUGGGUGCGUAACUCUGAGUUCCAGGUGCAUCAAGUGGACACUCACUAUCUCCGCACUCAUCUCUUUGCAGAGGUCUUCAACGUUGCAACCACCAGACAACUUCCAAUGGGCCACCCAGUCUACAAGCUAAUUAUUCCACAUGUUCGCUACACCCUUGAGAUCAAUGUCCUUGCUAGAUCUGAACUCGUAGGUCCUGGGGGCAUCUUUGAUCAGGCUAAUGUAACUGGAGGAGGAGGAAUGUCAAUACUGCUGAAAAAUGCAAUGGAUGAGGUCACUUACAGCAGACUUUGUCUUCCUGAUGACAUCCAGGCAAGAGGAGUGGAGUCCAUUCCCAAUUACCUGUAUAAGGAUGAUGGGAUGAAGAUCUGGUUGGCUGUAGAGAGCUUUGUAUCCAACAUUGUUAAUUACUACUAUGAGAGUGAUGCGGUUGUCAGUACAGAUCCUGAACUUCAAGCCUGGGUGGCAGAGAUCUUCAAAGAAGGUUUUUUGGAGAAUAAAUCUACAGGAAUGCCAUCAUCCUUGGAGACCAAGGCCUCUUUGAUCAAGUUCCUGACCAUGGUGAUCUUCACUUGUUCUGCUCAGCAUGCAGCUGUCAACACUGGUCAGUUUGACUACUAUGCCUGGAUGCCCAAUGGACCCACAUCAAUGAAAAGUCCUCCUCCCACAGUAAAAGGGGUCAGCACACCUGACAGUAUCCUGGAUGCAUUGCCCGAAGUAAACACCACCACUAUUAGCAUGUCCACUGAGUGGGUGCUCAGUAGCGAGCCAAGAGACCAGAGACGUCUGGGGGAGUACCCUGAUGUGCGUUUUACAGAGGAGGUUCCACAGACGUUCAUCACGGAUUUCCAGGAGAAGCUGGCUGAAAUCUCCCAUUCCAUUAAACAGCGGAACAACAGCAUGAAGUUGAAAUAUACAUAUUUGGAUCCAAGUGUAAUUGAGAACAGUGUCUGUGUGUAA